AUGAAGGGCCUCAAGAAAGCUAUGAACCUUUCGCGUUCAAAGUCAAAUGACACCAACGGCAGUCGCAGCGGCUCAGCAGGCGGUGGUACCGUCCCAGCUCCACCACCUAAAGGCGGCACUGUGCCCUCCAACCCUGCCUACCAAGGCUCGCUUAAAUCGAGCAAGAACGGUCCCAGCUCCGCAUCCAGUUCCUCCAACUCGAUCUCCGGCUCGGGGGCUUCGCCCGCACCCUCACAUGCACCUUACAACAACAACGCAGUCUACCCUGCUGGUCAAGAGAUGCCUGUCGAUCCCAUCCCUCACUCGGUCGCUACCGCGUCCCAGCCUUCUUCUUCCAUCACCCCCUUCCAUCACACAGGCUCUCCGGGUUCUCCUCCUCCUCCAGGCGCAGCAAUGGCUUCUCUGAGCAGCGCUGGCAUCGCCCCUUCCGAGCUCGCGACGCCUCCCAAAGCAGGUACCCUCAACCGACUGCGCCAGGGUCCUUCCACCUCGGGUCCAAAGGACACCAUCCCCAUCACCUCCAAAACACCACCGCGCAAGCAGAGGAGCUCUAGAUUCCACGUCACAGAGAAGGUCGAGCUCGAAAAGCUGCCCCAUUUUAACGAGGUGGUUCCAGCGGAUCGUGCCGAACUCUUUGUCCGAAAGCUGCGCCAGUGUUCGCUGGUCUUCGACUUCAACGACGCUAGCCAAGAGCUUGAGGGCAAGCAGAUCAAAGCGGCCACACUGCACGAGAUGCUCGACUACAUCACCACCAAUCGCAAGGUCAUCACCGACGACAUCUACCCUGAGGUUGUAGCAAUGUUCUCCGCCAACCUCUUCCGCUCCAUCCCACCGCAGGUCAACCCCGUCGGCGAUGCCUUUGAUCCUGAGGAAGACGAACCCGUCCUCGAGCUUGCCUGGCCGCAUCUCCAGAUCGUUUACGAGUUCUUCCUCCGCUUUGUCGAGAGCCCGGACUUCAACACCAACAUCGCCAAAAAGUACAUCGACCACCACUUUGUCUUACAACUCCUCGAGCUCUUUGACAGCGAGGAUCCUCGAGAGCGCGAUUUUUUGAAGACAACCCUGCAUCGCAUCUACGGCAAGUUCCUCAACCUUCGCGCUUUCAUCCGACGCUCCAUCAACAAUGUCUUCUUCCAAUUCAUCUACGAGACUGAGCGACACAACGGCAUCGCAGAGCUGCUCGAGAUUCUCGGUUCCAUCAUCAACGGUUUUGCUCUGCCGCUCAAGGAAGAACACAAGACCUUCUUGACACGUGUGCUGAUUCCCUUGCACAAGGUCAAGAGCUUGGCGCUCUACCACCCGCAGCUCGCUUACUGCGUUGUGCAGUUCUUAGAAAAGGACAGCUCGUUGACCGAAGAGGUGUUGCUUGGUCUCUUGCGAUACUGGCCCAAAGUCAACUCGCCCAAAGAGGUCAUGUUCCUCAACGAGGUCGAGGAGAUCCUCGACGUCAUCGAGCCGUCCGAGUUUGUCAAGAUCGAAGUGCCGCUCUUCCAGCAGCUUCAGCGUUGCAUCAACAGCCAGCACUUCCAGGUCGCCGAGCGCGCCCUAUACUUUUGGAACAACGAGUACAUUGUCAACCUCAUCGGCGACAAUGUGCAGGUGAUUCUGCCUAUCGUGUUCUCUGCACUCUACCAGAACUCAAAAGCGCAUUGGAACCGCACCAUCCACGCUCAAGUUUACAACGCGCUCAAGCUGUUUAUGGAGAUCAACCCAGCACUGUUUGAGAUGUGCACCAACGACUACAAGCAGCAGCGCCAGAUGGAGAAGCAAAAGCUCGUUGAUCGCGAAGAAGCGUGGAAGAGGCUUCGCGAUACCGCCAUCAAGAACAGCAAGUCCAUUGGUGUCGAGAUGCCGGCCUCGCUCAAGGAAGAGCAGGCGGCGCCAGCGGGCAGCGUCAACCCGUACGAUCUGGAUGCCUUUGACUCUGCAGCUGACUUGACUGCUGGUGCGGAUAGCUUAUUCGAGGCCAUGGGACAAGGCAUCAACGGCGAGAUGUCGACAACAGAUUUUGACGAUGUCGAAGCCAACCGCGUCGCGCAAGAAACGGCGCAAGACGCGGAGCCUGUGGGCGGCGAAGACAGUGUCGACGAUAUGAAAGAGUUUCCAGAAACGGCUCGACAGCAAGUGGGCAAGCAGGAAUCGCCGCACGUCCGACGCAAGAGUGUAAUACCCAUGGACCCAACCGUCUUGGCCGAGCUUGCCGGACACAAAAGCCUCGACGGAACAGACCUUCGUCAGCCAUCAGGUGACGCAUAG